AUGUGUAGGACAGUAGCAGAUGCUGCUUAUGUUCUUGAUGCCAUAGCAGGCAUCUACCACAAUGACAUUGCAACGAUUGAGACAUCGAAGAAAGGAGGUGCUGUUUUGGUAGACAAUUUGAAAAUUGCUAAUUUGACUGAAAUCUGUUCCUCAAACGAUGAAUAUAAUGCAUUGUAUAUUGAGUUCAAAAUAUCCUUAAAUGCAUACUUGAAGGAGUUGGUGGCUUCCCCAGUGCGAUCCUUGGCAGAUGCUAUAGCCUUUAACAACAAACAUCAGAAACUUGAAACGAUCAAGGAGUAUGGGCAAGACGUAUUUUUAGCUGCUGAAGCAACAAAUGGGUUUGGAAAAACAGAGAAGCCACCAUUGUUGAAUCUUGCAAGGUGGACAAGAUAUGGUCUUGUGAAAUUAAUGACAGAGAAGAAGCUAGAUGCUGUGGUGACUCCUAAAUCAGAUUUUCGAAUUGUACUUGCAAUUGGGGGAGCCCCAGGUCUAACAAAUUAA